CUGCAGCAGCAGAGGCUGGCCAGGCGGAACGCGGGCUGAGGCCGGGGCCUCCGGGUGGUGGGGCCUCCGGGUGGUGGGCCCGCGAACCCCCGCGUCCCCGAGCCCCGACUCCCCCUCCUUGCCGGACCAUGCGCGCCCCCAGCCGCCCCGGAGGCUGAGCCCGUCUGCCCGCGCCGCCGUCGCCCUCCCGGCUGCCCAGCCAUGGCCUUGCCGGGCGCCGAGGGCGCGGCUGACAGGCCGGUGUCCCCGGCCCGGGGCGCCCCCGCCGGCUCCGCGUCGUCGUCGUCCGCCUCCUCCGGCGGCUCGGCCUCCGCCUCGGCCUCGGCGGGCGCGGGGCUGUGGGCCGCGCUGUACGACUACGAGGCGCGCGGCGAGGACGAGCUGAGCCUGCGGCGCGGGCAGCUGGUGGAGGUGCUGUCGCAGGACGCCGCCGUGUCGGGCGACGAGGGCUGGUGGGCCGGCCAGGUGCAGCGGCGCCUCGGCAUCUUCCCCGCCAACUACGUGGCGCCGUGCCGCCCGGCCGCCCUCCCCGCGCCCCCGCCGCCGCCGCCGCGGCCCGGCUCGCCCGCGCACGUCGACUUCGAGCGGCUGGAGCUCCGGGAGCUCAUCGGCGCCGGCGGCUUCGGGCAGGUGUACCGCGCCACCUGGCAGGGCCGGGAGGUGGCGGUGAAGGCGGCGCGCCGCGACCCGGAGCAGGACGCGGCGACAGCGGCCGAGAGCGUGCGGCGGGAGGCGCGGCUUUUCGCCAUGCUGCGGCACCCCAACAUCAUCGAGCUGCGCGGCGUGUGCCUGCAGCAGCCGCACCUCUGCCUGGUGCUCGAGUUCGCCCGCGGCGGAGCGCUCAACCGCGCUCUGGCCGCCGCCAAUGCCGCCCCGGACCCCAGCGUGCCAGGCCCGCGCCGCGCGCGCCGCAUCCCCCCACACGUGCUGGUCAACUGGGCCGUGCAGAUCGCCCGCGGCAUGCUCUACCUGCACGAGGAGGCCGUUGUGUCCAUCCUGCACCGGGACCUCAAGUCCAGCAACAUUUUGCUGCUUGAGAAGAUAGAACACGAUGACUUCCGCAAUAAAACGUUGAAGAUUACAGAUUUUGGGCUGGCGAGAGAAUGGCACAGGACGACCAAGAUGAGUGCCGCGGGCACCUAUGCCUGGAUGGCGCCGGAAGUCAUCAAGUCUUCCCUGUUUUCUAAAGGGAGUGACAUCUGGAGCUAUGGAGUCCUGCUUUGGGAGCUUCUCACAGGAGAAGUCCCCUACCGUGGCAUCGACGGGCUCGCCGUGGCCUAUGGGGUGGCCGUCAAUAAGCUCACUUUGCCCAUUCCAUCCACCUGCCCAGAGCCGUUUGCCAAGCUCAUGAAAGAGUGCUGGCAACAAGACCCCCACAUUCGUCCUUCGUUUGCCUUAAUUCUUGAACAACUGACAGCUAUUGAAGGGACGGUUAUGACCGAAAUGCCUCAAGAAUCUUUUCAUUCCAUGCAAGAUGACUGGAAGCUGGAAAUUCAACAAAUGUUUGAUGAACUGAGAACAAAGGAGAAGGAGCUGCGGUCCCGAGAGGAGGAGCUGACCCGAGCCGCGCUCCAGCAGAAGUCCCAGGAGGCGCUGCUCAGGCGGCGGGAGCAGCAGCUCGCGGAGCGGGAGAUCGACGUGCUGGAGCGGGAGCUGAACAUUUUGAUAUUCCAGUUAAACCAGGAGAAGCCCAAUGUCAAGAAGAGGAAGGGAAAGUUCAGGAGAAGUCGGCUGAAGCUCAAAGACGGCCAUCGAAUCAGUUUACCUUCAGACUUCCAGCAUAAAAUCACCGUCCAGGCCUCUCCCAACUUGGACAAACGGAAGAGUGUGAACAGCAACGGCUCCAGCCCACCCAGCAGCCCCACAGUGAUCCCUCGGCUCCGAGCGAUACAGCUGACUUCAGACGAAAGCAAUAAAACCUGGGGAAGGAACACAGUCAGUCGACAAGAAGAAUUUGAGGAUGUGAAAAAGAACUUCAGGAAAAAAGGUUGUACCUGGGGACCCAACUCAAUUCAAAUGAAAGAAAGAAGUGACAGCAAAGAAAGAAUAAGACCUCUCUCAGACGGCAACAGCCCUUGGUCAGCUCUCUUAAUAAAGAAUCCGAAAACCACGCCGUUGGCUUCAUUAUUUGUGGACCAGCCAGGUGCUUCUGAAGAGCCAAAAGUUUCCCCCGAUGGAUCAGAACACAGAAAACCAAAGCAAAUAAAAUCUCCUAGCCAAGCCUAUGUUGAUCUACCUCUUUGGAAAGAUGGCCAGAGAGAGGAUCCAGUAGAGCCGGGAAGCUGGGAGGAGGGCCCCUCUUCGAGCUCUGCUGCAAGCCCUCCUCAGGUGACCCCUACAAGUAGUCGGAGCAGGUCCCCCCAGAGGAAGAAGACGGAGUCUGCCCUGUACGGCUGCACCGUGCUGCUGGCGUCGGUCGCUCUGGGGCUGGAUAUCAGAGAGCUUCAUCAAGCACAGGCUGCCGGAGGACUGUUGCCCAAAGAAGAAAGGAAGAAACGUGAGGGGAUCUUCCAGUGGGCUCCCAAGUCCCGAGGCGGGGCCAGUCCUUCCACAAGACCACCGUCUAUGGGCGAGAGGGCCAGCAGCCCACCCUUACUCCCUCUGCCAAGCGCCAUAAGCCUUCUCUCCGGGCCCUCUCUUUCCACCAAGUGCUUGCUGCAGACGGACAGCGCAGAUCUGUCCGAGGGCAGCCCACGCGUCGCUUCGGACCCUGAGAUGCCCGCUCCAGGUUUUUGUGUGGCCAUCGGAGGACGUAGUCAUGAGCCGACCUCCACGCCAAGACUUGAGACUGAUCGCAGUCGAUGGAAAUACCCAUCUCCUCCUUUCCUAGAGCGGACGUGCAGGAAUGUGCCUUAUUCUGCUUCUUCGAAAGAACGAGCAUCACAUCACAGACGAACCCUCUCCGAGGGAAAUGCUUGUCAGACCCCAACAGCUGCUGCAGCUGCAACUCUCAGCUCAGACCCCGGAGCCUCGUACCUGCCCCCGAAGUGGACUCUGGGAACGCCCCGAUGUUCCCCGCCAAGGGAGGCCCCACCGGAAAAACAAAGAGCGGGCGCCCUGGUGCCCCCACCUCGCCUGCCGACCUUCAGGAGCCGCUCGGAGUCACAGCCCGCCAGGCAGGCACGGGUGCUCUCCUUUGGGCCGGGUCCGACUCCCCCCACCGCUUGUCCCCCCGGGGGGGCCGAGGACAGGACUACACCCCACGUGCCUUCCCUCCUGGACGCCGACACCCAAGGCCAGGGCAGGGACAGCCCGGUGCCUUUGGGCAGGAUGAUGAGCAGAGCCAGCCGGCCGGCCGUGCGGCAGCUCGAGGAGGAGUUUCUGUCUUAAGUGCCUUAUGUUCGAGCAUUUCUGUGUUUCGUUUUGUUUUUAAGGUGAACAAAUGAAAACGAUUUGAACUGUUAAAUACUGCUGUGUUUUUGAAAGCUGUGGCCAUGUUACUGAAGUAGUAAUGGAUGUCAACCUUUCCGAAAAAAUGUAUGUGAUUGCGGUUAGCAGUGUGUCGUUUUUCGGCUAAUGGAAUCUUAGGUAGUAACUUGGAAUGUGCAAAACAAGUGUAAAUGAGUGUGAAACAAGAAACGUGCAGCAAUGUAAAGCUAUGCUGGGUUCAGUUACCUGAAGCAUAGUUGUAAGGUUCUGCUGGUUCUCACCAGCAUCCCCCAAAACCCAAAUCGGAAUGAGGUGCGCCAUGUUUGUCCCUCCUUUUGUUUUCUCCCUGUUUGCCUUUCCUUCCUUCUCUUUCUUCCUUCCUUCCCUCCUUCCUUCCUUGUUUUUUUUUUUCUUUUUUUUGGUUUGUUUCUUUUGUUAUUUGUGCAACAAAAAGCCAAGAAUAAUGUGAUAUCAGUCAGUAAAGGUAUAUAUUUUGAAAAAAUUGAAGACUAGAAUAGAUGGUGAGCCCCAGUGACACCCCCUGAACUGAGCCGUGGGCUUACGACGACGCAUGGAUACAUAGAGGCAUCACAAGGAUGAUGCUUGUUUCUCUCUGAGGAAAUUUUACUGAAUGUAACUUGUAAACAUUUUACUGAAUGUAACUUCUAAACAUGUUAUCUAUCAGAACCCCAAAAUGGAUUUUUUUAAAUUUUAUUUAUUUGUCAGAGAGAAAGAGCACAAGCAGGGGGAGCAGCAGGCAGAGGG